GCUGUAACGACAGGGACAUUGUAUUUCGUCUCUGAUACAAUGUCACAAUAUCUAGAGAACAGAACUAAAGAACAAUGGCAGUUCAAUUAUCAGCGAGCUCUACGAAUGAGCAUAUUUGGACUGGUAGCCACAGGACCCAUCUUUCACUAUUGGUAUCAUCUGCUAGAUACAACGUUCCCAAAGAAAGUGAUGACGCAUGUCAUCAUCAAGUCAGGUCUCGACCAACUGGUAUGCGCUCCUAUAUUUGAUGCCUUCUUCUUUGUUGGCAUGGGAGUGUUGGAGCGCAAGAGCUUCGCAGAGAUCCAACAGAAACUCAAGGACGACUGGCUACAUACCUACCUGGUCGACUGUGCCGUAUGGCCACUGUGUAAUAUCAUCUCAUUCCGAUACAUAUCGAACCGACAACGAGUAUUGUUUAUGAACAUUAUAAAUCUGGGGUGGGCUGCCUUCCUGAGCUCGCAGGCCUCUCCUCACUAG